GUUUAGUAUGUUUACACGACGUUAACUCCCACAUUUCCCCUCAUCUGUGAGUCAUACGACAUAGCUUACAGUCCCACUGUAUCUUACUAUGUGAACCAAGGAUUUAUAUCUAUACAUUAACAGAUGACAGGAUGAUUUGGAUAGCAGUAAUUCUGCUGGUUGUGUUGCCAUUGACCACCACUGGUCAGACAUGUCCAGCUGAGUGUACGUCAUGUGAUAAUGGAAUAGCUAAUUGUCUUGGUACUGGAAUCAGGGACAUCCCAAGAAACUUCCCAAGUACCAUCACAACAAUGGAACUCUCUGGUAAUCAGUUAACAGAGCUUUCAAGUAGUAGUUUUCAGGAACUAGCAUUACUUCAGACCCUUCGUAUAUCUGGUAAUGGCAUCAGUGAAGUUAUGGACCGGUCAUUCAUAAGUCUGCCUUCACUAAUGAGUAUAGACUUAUCUAACAAUCCAAUAGUCUAUAUUCAUGAUAAAGCCUUUGAAGGACUGACACAUCUACGAUUGUUAUCUAUUACCAGCACCAGAAUCACAAGGAUAGGAAGGUCGUUAAAUGGUCUUGAUUCGCUACAUACUGUUAACAUGGUAUCCAAUCAAAUAGAGGCACUCGAAGAUGAAAAUUUUGAAUUCAGCACCAACUUAAGGAUGAUUGAUCUUAGCCAAAAUCAGAUCACAAGAAUUUCACCAAAGACCUUUGCUAAUCUUAAAUUGUUGAGAUAUCUGAGUUUGAGCUCCAACCCCAUUGUACGUGUACCUGAAUUACAAUUUGGGUCUAGCAUUUUACAAAUGGUGGACUUUACCAACUGUCGGUUAGAAGAUGUCCCUGGUAAAAUGCCAGAGUCGGUAGCCGAUUUCCGUUUGGGAAAUAACAAACUCACAGAAAUAAAAGCUGAACAUUUUGAAAACAUCACUAACUUACGUUUGAUAACAUUAAAUAAUAACCAAAUCACAAAAGUGGACGACAAAGCUUUUGGGUAUUUAGAAAGAUUAAUGGAAAUCUGGCUCAGUAAUAACAGACUUAAGUCCAUUCCAAGACUUCUCCCAAGAAACAUUCACAAACUCUUCCUUGAUCAUAAUGGCAUUUAUGAAAUAGCGCAGAGAAACUUUGCAAUCAAUUCUCAAUUAGAAGUUCUCUCCCUUGACACCAACAGAGUUGAACGUAUUGCUGAGGGAGCUUGGGACGAAAUGCCAAAGCUUAGAAGUGUCAACCUUAACGCCAACAAUUUACAGGUUUUGACAACAGGGGCAUUCGUUAAUAUACCAAGUCUAGAAUGUUUAAAACUUUCAAAUAAUCCGUUAAAUUUAAUUGAAAAAGAUGCAAUGAAGGCUCUGCCUAAGUUAAAUGAAAUCAGUCUCUCUUACCUGCAAGCAACUACAACUCAACUAAACCAGGACUUCAUACAAGCAAUCUCUAAUGCUGAAAAUGUCAACAUGAUGAACAGUCCUGGUUUAGUCAAGUCAUUUCUCAAACUGGUUCAACAAUCCAACAGUGAAGUAAUGGAAAAAACAUCUAUUUUUGCUUUACAGUAUAAUGAACUAGAAAGUUUACCAGAGAACCUCAAACGCACCCUACCAAAUGUGAAGAAGUUAUUUUUAGAUGGAAACCCCCUGUAUUGUGAUUCAACAUUAAAAUGGCUACAACAAUGGAUGAAAAGAUCUGAUGAAGUUUCAUUUUACAACAUUGAUCCUCCAGUAUGUGCAGCACCAAAGGAAGUGGAGGGAAGGGAGUUAACCAGCCUUGACAACAAUGAAUUUGUUAAACCAAGGGAGAUAACUCAACAAGAUGAUUCACAAGAAUUAGUUGUCAGUGUUUCUAGGAGUGAUCUUGUUCAACCUAAUCAAAACCAGGACAAUAGCAGUCCAGAUGUCAAGCCUACAAAGACGAAGAAAAAGAACAAGAAAAAUAGAAAGAAUAAGAACAAAAACAAGAAAAACAAAAAGAGGAAAAAUAAGAAAAAUAGAAAAGGAAAGAAAAAGCGAGAUCGAAGCAGAAUUAAAAGGCGACAUAAAAGAUGUGUUAUUGAUGCUAGCGGAAGAAAGAUUUGUCCACGAAGACAACGUAGAUGUACUGUUGGACCAGAUGGAAAGAGAAUUUGUAAAAGGAAGAAUAAGAAAGGAAAGAAAAAUCCAGUUUCCUCCUCUCCUAUCCCAUUAGUUCAAGGAUAGAUUAUUAAUUAAACCUAUAGACAGUAUAGCUGUAAUUAUCUACAGACAUAGUUAUAACAAAGGAACAAUUAGUGAUGACAUUAGUUUUGAUGAUUUAGUUUUCAUAUUGAUAUAAAAAAACUUUUUAUACUUUCAUUGUAAAUUCGAGACUGAGUUCUUGACAUUAUGAAUUCUUAUACAGAAUCUUGUGAUUUGUUUAGGGCUUCCAAUUAUUUUAACUUCAGGUUAUAAGACUUAUUUAUUUUCAUUAAAAAACACUAAAAAAAAUACCUGUAUAUUAAAUAUGAGUACUGUAAAUUCAGAAAUUAAUGCGGUUUUGUCAAUUUAGACGAAAAUGCUAUUUCAAUUUUUGCAACAUUGAGAAUAAUCCGGUUCAAUUUAAAUUAUUGUAAUUAUAACCCUGUCACAUUUUUCACAAUAAUUUCUGAAUUUAAAGUACAUUUUUGUAUAAUUUUGAGUAUCAUUCUUUAUAUAAAUAAUAACAAUACAAAAACAAAGUAAAUAAUAUAAAAGGCCUAUCAAUGUAAAAGUACUGGUAGAUCAAAUUGUAAAUAUAUUUAAGUUCAUUUAUUUUUUAUUUCACCUCACUUCAAUUUUGAAAUUUUAAGUAAAUAAUUUAAAUGCAGAUAUUUUCACAAUUUCAAUGCAUCAACAUCUUGCACAGGAGUUAUUUUGUGUUUUAACAAAAUAAAUUAACCCCACAAACAUAUAAUGUAACCUUCUUGAGCUAUUCAUGCUGGAAUUUUUUUCCACAUAUAUUCAAGUGAUUGAAAAAUAAGCAAAAAUUGAUUUUUAAAAUUCUCAAAUAGUAAAAUUGAGAAUGGAAAUGGGGAGUGUGUCAAAGAGACAACAACCUGACCCAGAGCAGAAAACAGAUGAAGGUCUUCAAUACAGCAUGAAAAGGACUUAUGCUCAGUUCUGAAGAAACAAAAUAAAUUAAAAUGUCAUGAAAUAGUUUUUCAUUUAGAUAUACAUUGAGAAGACAUUUUAAAAUAAGUUUGGAACUUCAGUCUUAUCCUAUUACCAUGUAAUAUGAAAAUUUGACCAACUGCAAAUUUAUACCAUAUUCUCCAACAUGUCUUGAUAUAAAUAUGCUUGCUCAGGAGAUUUUACUUUAUUAAUUAGUUGUAAUUGGCUUUGAAAUAGCCUUCAGUAAUUGCAAGUGCUUUUUGAGAACUUUAUUUCUUUUGUAUUUUUGUUGGUUGUAUUUUUGUAAGUCUUUCAGAUCUGAAGUAAAGCCAUUUACUACUGAU